AUGUAUCCAACCCCAACUUCUUCAGCGACUCACUCGCAGUUACAACAACCACAGCAGCAGGAACAGGAGCAACGGCAAAUGCCUCCCCAACAUCCGUAUUCCCUCAAGAGUCAAAUCCAGAACCAUAAUCUAACACCCACCCUCUCCCCACUUCCGUACCUAGUCGUGCGCACCCCAUCCAAAAACCUCCCAAUCUACCAAACCUCCAAAUCUGGCGGCUCCAAACACAUCACCACGAUCCGCAAAAUCAAGGGCGAUUUACAGGGGCUAGCAAACGCUGUGCGCACCGCUUUGGGGUUGGAAGAAUACAUCACCGACGUGCGGGGACGGAAGAAGCCCAACGUUGUGAUCAACUGGACGACGAGGCAUGUGGUUGUGAGGGGUUGGAGAGGUCCAGAGAUCAAGCGGUGGGCAGAAGCAAAUGGGUUUUGA